GCGCGCAUUUCCACUCUCACAGUCACAGCGUAACACAAACAUACUAUCGUUACGUUAAUUAGUUCGCUCCACGCUUUGGUCACUUCCCUUUCAUGGCCACGUCAUCGCUCGCCGGCGCUGCCUCCAACUUCGCCGUUCUCCGCCGCACCGAGACGCGCUCGUUCUCGUCUUCCUCGCCCGGUGGCUCUGUCAAACUCUUCAGGUCGGCCAGCACGUGCCGUGCCGCACGUGUCUCGGCCCUGACACGUGCUUCCUCGCGUGAGGUGGCGGUGGUUGGCGGUGGAGCGGCUGAGAAGGCGAAGGAGAAGGGGAGGGUGUUGAAGGUGGGUCUCAUAUGUGGCGGUCCUUCCGCUGAGCGCGGGAUUUCGCUCAAUUCAGCUAGAUCAGUUCUUGAUCACUUGCAGGGAGAUGACUUACACGUGAGUUGCUAUUAUAUUGAUUGCAAUCUCAAUGCAUAUGCAAUUUCUUCUGCUCAGGUAUAUUCCAACACCCCUAAUGAUUUUGAUUUUAAACUUGAAAGCCUUGCCCAAAGUUUCCAGACUUUGGAUGACUUGGCAAAGCAUCUUGCUACAGCUGUGGACAUAGUAUUUCCAGUUAUACAUGGUCAAUUUGGUGAAGAUGGUGGCGUUCAGGAAUUGCUGGAAAAGUAUAAUGUUCCAUUUGUUGGCACAGGAUCAAAUGAAUGCCGCCAAGCAUUUGACAAGCAUAAAGCAUCAUUGGAGCUUCGGAAGCUUGGAUUUAUAACAGUACCCAGUUUCUUGGUUCAGGGGCAUGAAACAAACAAAUCAGAACUAUCAGAAUGGUUUAUAAAGCACCAGAUAGACCCUAACUCGGGGAAAGUUGUGGUAAAACCAACAAGAGGAGGGUCAAGCAUUGGUGUUAGAGUUGCAUAUGGUGUGAAUGAUUCUCUUGUAAAAGCCAAUGAAAUUAUGUCUGAGGGAAUUGACAAUAAAGUGCUAAUAGAAAUAUUUCUUGAAGGAGGGAGUGAGUUUACAGCCAUUGUCCUUGAUGUAGGAUCUGGUUCAGAUCAUUGUCCUGUUGUACUACUUCCAACUGAGGUAGAGCUUCAAUUCCGUGGUGCAAAUGAUGUGAAAGAGAAUGAUGCGAUAUUUAAUUACCGCAGGAAGUACCUUCCAACUCAACAGGUUGCUUAUCACACUCCACCACGGUUUCCUUUGGAUGUAAUUGAGAAUAUUCGCAAAGGAGCAUCUCUGUUAUUUCAAUGGCUAGGCCUGCAAGAUUUUGCACGAAUUGAUGGAUGGUAUUUGCCAAAUUCAGGUUCCAAGUUCUCAGCAUCUUCAGAAAGUGAGUUUGGAAGGACUGAAUCUGGUGCCAUAAUAUUCACUGACAUUAACCUGAUCAGCGGUAUGGAACAAACCAGUUUUCUUUUCCAGCAAGCUUCUAAGGCUAUUUAUGUUAUUCAGGUUGGUUUUUCUCAUACAAACAUACUUAGAAGCAUCAUUCAUCAUGCUUGCUUGCGAUUUCCAAAUCUUGCAUCAAUUAGUCGUAUAUCAGGUCAGCUGCCAAGCAGGUCAAAAUCCUUACCGCUUAACAAGUCAUUUUCUCUCCAUGAGGGAGCUCGAAAAGUUUUUGUCAUUUUUGGAGGUGACACAUCAGAACGGCAAGUAUCUCUUAUGAGUGGUACAAAUGUCUGGCUCAAUUUGCUAGCCUUCCAUGAUCUUGAGGUAAUGCCAUGUUUGCUUUCCCCUACAAGUGAGUGUGCUUCAAGUGCUGAUAUUGGAAAGAAGGCCGAUGACGUAAUGAAUAGAACAGUUUGGUCAUUACCUUAUUCUCUUGUGCUACGACAUACUACUGAGGAGGUACUGGAUGCAUGCGUGGAAGCAAUUGAGCCAGAACGAGCUGCAAUAACAUCUAACCUACGGAAGAAAGUUAUGAAUGAUCUUAUGGAGGGUUUGAAGGACCACAACUGGUUUACAGGGUUUGAUAUUGCUGAUGAUGUGCCUGUGAAAUUUUCGUUAAGACAGUGGAUCAAGCUAGCCAAGGAAGUCCAGGCAACAGUUUUUAUUGCAGUGCAUGGAGGCAUUGGAGAAGAUGGUACACUUCAAUCUUUGCUGGAUGCUGAAGGUGUUCCCUACCCAGGUCCUGGUGCAAUGGCAUCAAAGACUUGUAUGGACAAAGUUGCAACCUCUGUGGCUUUAAAACAUCUUGCAAACUCGGGAGUUCUUACCAUAAAUAAGGAUGUCAGGAAAAAAGCUGACCUCUUUAAUAAGCCCGUAAAUGAUACAUGGCAUGACCUCACCUGGAAGCUACAGUGCCAAACAUUGUGUGUCAAACCAGCAAAAGAUGGAUGCUCAACUGGGGUGGCAAGACUAUGCUGUUCUGAAGACCUUGCAAUAUAUGUCAAAGCUCUGGAGGACUGUCUACUAAGAAUUCCUCCAAAUAGCUUAUCAAAGGCACAUGGUAUGAUUGAGAUGCCAAACCCUCCUCCAGAACACUUGAUCUUUGAACCUUUCAUAGAGACGGAUGAAAUAAUUGUGACAUCCAAAUUUGAGGAUUCGAGUGGUCAUGGCCUCACGUGGAAAGGGCACAGCAGAUGGGUGGAAAUAACAGUUGGUGUCAUAGGAAAACGUGGAUCGAUGUACUCACUUAGUCCCAGUGUAACUGUCAAGGAAUCUGGCGACAUUUUGUCACUAGAGGAGAAGUUCCAAGGUGGGACUGGCAUCAAUCUGACUCCGCCUCCCCUGUCAAUUAUGAGUGAGAAUGCUUUGAACAGAUGUAAACAGCAUAUUGAACUGAUUGCAAACACACUACAAUUGGAAGGAUUUUCACGUAUUGAUGCAUUUGUCAAUGUUGACAGCGGAGAGGAGAAGAAUUUGGGAAGGUUGAAAGUUGAGUGCAACACGUUUAUACUAAACAGCAAUGAAUGAGAUAAAACAUUUCCAAUAUGUUUCUAAUUUAUUUCCUGUCUAUUUUCUAUCUACUUAAACAAGCAUAGCAUUGGUAUAAGAUUUGCAUUUUGUCCUCAAAAUGUAUUUCAAGGUUCUUAGAAUGAUUAAAAAAACUGUUGAUGUUGUUGGGGAUAUUUUUUUGGUAUUUGUCUGAGGGGAUAUUUAUAUUAAGAGAAGAGUUAUAACUUUGUUAUUUUUAUAAAGUUAUUUCACACAUAAUUUCAUAAUAGUUAGAUAUUGUCUGCUUUGAGAUUAAGCAGAUAUUUAUAUCAAGAGGAAAGUUAUAAUUUUGUUAUUUUUAUAGGUUAUUUCACACACAACUCUAUAAUGGUGAAAUAUUAUCCACUUUGGGACUAAGUUCUCAUGGUUUUGUUAUUGAUUAUCACCCAAAAUGUCUCUUAACCAUUGAAAUAUGUGUAUGUUUUAUAAACUAUUAUUUCUUUUCUUAUUUUCUUAAUGUGAUAUCUUGUUUAUAUCUCAGUAGAUGUAUAUUCUAAAGUAUCACAUUCUUUGAUUAUGAAGAUGGCUUUAUUAAUAUUCCUAUAAUAAAUUUUUAAUUGUUAACCAUUCUCCAUUUUUCAGCUGAAAUAUGCUGAUCUGCUAGUAUGCUGACUACACAUCCUUGUUUCAGUGCAUAGAAGUUUAUUGAGAGUCUGCUUAAUAGAAUGUCAUCAUCAAUUCAUUGGAAUGAAAAUAAUAAAAUUCUCAUACAGGAAUUCUGUUAAAAUGACUAAUCAUCAUCUUAUUCCUAUACUU